AUGCCGUGUUGCCUGACAUUUCUCUCCUACGGAGGCUGCGACCACAAGCAGCUGUGGAAGAUACACUGCACCAGCGACUGCAGUUCCGUCAUCUGCGCGUCCUCCGAGCAGGAGGUCAUGGCCCAGAUACACUACAAGUGGCGUUGCGAGGAGUGUCACAUGCGGCACUGGGACACGAACGAGCGCCGGCGCGCAGAGAGGGCCGAGGACGACGAGCGGGCCAUCCUCCAGGACCUCGACCUGCCCGACCAACAGAAGAACCUGUUCCUGGACAGCUACCGAUCCAGGGAGGACUGGGUGGACCGGCGCGUGGAGAAGUCGCGGACCGAACAGGUCGAGGAGAUACAGUGGGUGGCCGAGUUCGCCGAGGAAUACGGAAGAAUCAUGUGGGCGCUCAAGUACGGACCCGAGGACGACCUGCCACGCCUGCACAAGCGGAAGGACUACCUUCUCGACGUCAAGUUCUGGGACGUGACCAUCGUCAGCGACAUUGGCGGCGAGGACAGCGUGACCACGCGCAGCAGAGCCAGUAGUGCGACUCUGGUCGACGAGUCUUGCGCCGGCACGCUGGACGACCAGCCCACCGUGAAGGAGCAGCUCGCUCUGAAGCAGCAUCCGGCCAAUUUCUACCACGCUGAUCCAGGCAUCGUGUCAGAGGCUCAAGCUCCAUUUGAGGCACACCAGGCGGCAGCGGGCGCCUGA